UCACCCGCCCCCCUCGUCCAGUCCCCGUCUCCGCCCCCUCGUCCCUGUCCCCCGCUCCCAUCGCCGCCGGGUCCGAGCCAGCCACCCCGACGAAACUAGGGUUUCGCCCUCUACCUCCGCUCCCAAGAACUGGUUCCGAGAGAGAGCAAAGGAGAGAUGCGGGGAGUCGGAGGCCCGUUGCUCACCGUCAGCGAUCUCCUCAGCGACCUCGCCGUCGACGGAGGCGACGACCACCUCGACGGCGGCGGCGGAGACGCAUCUGUACCCUCAUCCCCGUUGGCAGCGCAGCAGGUUGAGGAGGCCGACCCGUCCCACCUCCAAGGGCUCUUCGAGGAAGACUAUGACAAUCUGAUGAAGUCACUACAGGAGAAUGACCCUUCAUGGCCCUCCUUGAUGCUGAAGUUGUGCACAGCGUUGAAGACCUCAGAUAAGCUGCUGGGCUGCGCGAACGCGAAGGCGCGACAGCUGCUGGAGAAGGUGGAGGCGCUGGAGCAAGUGCUAGAGAAGGGAGAUCACACGGUGGGAGCGAUUUUAGAGGGUCUCCAGAACGCGCAACUUAAGGGUGAUAGCAGGACUUCGAAAUCAAAUGCACCUAGCAAGUAGUGUUGCGCUGUUGCAGCUGUUGUGUUUGGUUUAUGCAAAUCAGAAGGGUUGUCACUGUCUUUUUGAUGUAAAAGGGCUACGCGUUGGUAUCUUCAUGAGUUUGGACAGUGCGUGUAUGCUUUAUGUCUCGGCAUUGUUGGAAUUUCGGUGUUCCCCUGUCAUAGAUUUGGUGAAACGACUCAGCAUCGUUUAUGUUCCACCCAUUUGCUUGUCA